AUGUGGAAUGAUACUGCUCAAGUCAUUAACAUCGAUAGUUCCGAUUCAACACAAGUAUCAGCGCCCUAUGAUGUUGCCAUUGAUAGGAAUCAAAACGUCUAUGUCGCAGAUUACAAUAAUCAACGUGUUCAACAAUGGCAAUCAGGUCAGAAAAAUGGAAGUACAAUAGCAGGCGUCACUGAUCAGGGUGGCAACGGUUUCAAUCAGUUUAAUAGGCCAACAAGUGUAUUUGUGGAUACAAAUGAUAAUUUAUAUGUUGCUGAUCGAGACAAUUAUAGAAUUCAACGUUGGGCACCAGAUUCUAUCAUUGGCGUGACAGUAGCGGGAGGUAAGAACCAAUUCUCUCUCUUUUUCUCUGCUUAGACAGCCACUUCUGUCUCUUCUAGGCAACGGUUUGGGUAACAGUUUAACACAGUUUGGUUCCAGUUAUUCAAUUUACGUUGAUGUCAAUAUGAGUAUAUACAUAUCCGAUUAUCAAUAUCAUCGAGUGGUAAAAUGGGUGUCAGGUGCCCCCAAUUGUACGGUGGUAGCAGGAGGGAAUGGUGCUGGCAGUUCAUUAACACAAUUGCACAAU